AACUAAGUGGUAACACGACAUGGCCGGCAUUACGGCUUACGUGCGAUGCCUCGACCGGCAAACGCGCCUUGGAGGAGGAUAUAACAGCUUUGAGGAGACGCCGUAUCUGCAGCUAGACGUUUUUGCUCCCGAGACUCGGGCUCCGCGGCUCAGCCAAGGACAUAUAAAAGCUCGCCCAUCUCCUCCUUUUACCAACCGCCACUCUACGAGGACAGCUUUACGCAUCCGACCCACCACGCGGACAGCUUUAUACUCUAGACACACACAAGGCCACACACAUGCCAGCGGCACCAGCACCGACACAAAGCCACCCCCGCCGACGACCCGCCAGGACAGCGCAAUGCCGCACCGCAAGCACGCCCCCGUGGUGAAACCGCUCCUGCUGGCGGGCGGGCCGUCGGCGCGCCUGGGGUUCCCCAAACACCUGCUCCGCAUGCCCGACGGGCGGCCGCUGUACCAGCACCAGCUGGACCGGCUGCACCGCGCGUGCCCGGGCGCCGACGCGCUCUACGUCUCGCUCGGCCGGUCCUCGGUGCUCGACGGCUUCCUGCGCGACGUGGCCCGCCCCCUGCUGCCGCGCCGCCGCGGGAGCGCCGCGGCCUCGACCCCGGGCCCCAUCGCCGUCGUCUACGACAGGGAGGAGCGGGACGCGCUGGGCGGCCCCGUCGCCGGCCUGCUGGCCGCGCACGACGCGGACCCGGACGCCGCCUGGCUCGUGCUCGCGUGCCACUACCCGCUGCUGACGGGCGACGUGCUCGCGCGCGUGCGGGACCUGCACGAGGGGGCGCUGACGUGCGUCAGAGGCCCGGACGGCGAGCCCGAGCCGCUGAUCGGCCUGUGGAGCCCCGAGGCGCUCCGCGAGCUCGCCGCGCGGGUGAGGGGAGGGAAGGCGGAUGGGGUGGACGAGGCGCUGGGUUCGUUCGUCGCCGAGUGCGGCAGCCUGGUCGUGGAUCCGCCGGAGCCGAGGACGAGGGUCAUGAUGAGGGUUGAGACCGAGUCGGACUGGAACCAAGUCUACAGGCUGGCGAGUGAGGCGGCAGCGGUUGGGAAGAAGGACCGCGUAACCAAGGGGAGCUCGAUCCAGACGAUGCGCAGCGUGGCCGCGUGAACUAGAUGUGCCCACAAAGCCAAGGGGCGAAUAGCGCCCUAGGAUAUGACGGCUGACGGCACUAAAAUCAUGGCGCGGCCCACGCGUCAGGUGUCCAACCUCCAGGGGUGACGUCUGGCCAAUAAAGCCCCUGCGAGUACGAGCCGUCGCCGUAUAUAGACGAAUCGAUGAACUGAAGAUCAAGCGCGGGCUGCGCCAGAAGCUGAUGUAGGGAGGACUCGAGCAGUGCGGUUCCUGUGAUCCCAUUCUGCGUCGUCCAGAGCUGUUGCUGGGCUGGUCCGGCGCCC